UCAAGAGGUCACCGAGGGGGCGGAGCUUCCUGUUUAGCCCUCGGUUGUUGCUCGGCUUCUGGGAUUGAAGGGCACGAGCUCACUGCAAACACUUUGCUAGCAUCAUGGCAGGACACGACUCCGGAACACAUCACCAGUUCACCGGCAUCGCCAAGUACUUCAACUCCUACACCAUCACAGGAAGGAGGAAUUGUGUCUUGGCCACGUAUGCCAGCAUCGCCGCUAUUAUCCUUUUCUUCAAACUAAAGCCCAAGAAGGAGAAAGCUAUAACGGCGAGCUAAUGUAUUAUGAGGUUUUGUGAUUAUUGUUGUAUAGGAUGAAGAUUCAGUGGUCUGGUGUCUUCAGUCACAUGAUGUUAAAAAAUAAAAAUUAAAUAAACCUUGUACCAAACCCCAA